GUAAGGAAAUAUCCUAAGCUAGUAUCAAAUAUUCUUGGGUUCAUUGUUACGGGGAAGGGGAGGGAGGUAUUAUCUGUUAUUGUGUGUGACUGACACACCACUGGUAAGCUAAGUAUAUAAGGCAGUGGACACCAAGCUCCCUGUACAGAAUCUUAGAGGCUUCUUCAACGUGACCGGCUUCAUCAUGGAAAACAAAAGGGUAUUCUUUGACAUAACCGCUGACGGGAUUCCCCUUGGCCGCAUAGUGAUGGAGCUCCGGUUUGAUGUAGUGCCCAAGACUGCAGAGAACUUUCUGAAGCUGUGUACAGGGGAGGUCGGCUAUGGCUACAAAGGAUGCACUUUCCACCGUAUCAUCCCAAGCUUUAUGUGCCAGGGUGGUGACUUCACCAACCACAAUGGUACCGGAGGUAAAUCAAUAUACGGUGGUAAGUUUGAAGAUGAAAACUUCGCUCUGAAGCACAGUAUCCCUGGUGUCCUCUCUAUGGCCAAUGCGGGGCCAAACAGCAACGCCUCUCAGUUCUUUAUCUCAACUAUCAAGGCGGAUUGGCUGAAUGGGAAACACGUGGUCUUUGGUCAUGUAGUGGAAGGGAUGGAAGUGGUAAAGAAGAUGGAAAGCUAUGGCUCCAACAGCGGGAAGACCAGCAAGAAGAUUGUGAUUACUGACUGUGGAGUCCUAGAGGACACACCUUCUGCUUGACCACCACACACAGCCGAAGCACUACACAAUAUGACCUUUACAUAUAACAUCAAUAUAAUCAACACAGAAAAGCUGGAUUCAGUGACGACAUGCAUGUA